CUCAAAUCUCCUCAAGUAGAUAACUGGGGAUCCCGCCUCCGUCCCGCUCUACUGAUCAUAUUACUAGCUCGUCGAGCAUUCACCUUUCUUCACUCACCCACACACUCACACUUGUUCAUACAGCUCAUCGCCAUGACCAUAGUGCCCCUUCCCACCCGCGACGACUUCUGGGACACCAUCGAGCGCGCCUGGUCCAUGAUCGACGACGAUGGCCUCCGGGCCCGCCUCUUUUUGGACGACCCCUACGACCGCCUCGCAGCCGCCAUUGACCUGGUCAACACUCACACUCAGCGCAUGCUUGAGGCCCUCCGCACCAUCUUGAGCGAGUACACGGCCCCACAGCUCGCGGCGUGGGACGCGCACUGCGAACGCGCCCUGUACGACCUCGACCGCGAGGACGUUCACGAGGCUCUGGACGGCAGCGACGACGGCUUCCUUUACUGCCGCGGCUUCGUGGUCGCCGCCGGACGGACGCACUACGAGGCGGUUCUCGCCGAGCCACUCAAGUGGGGUCUCAUGGACAUCGGGGAGGAGAGCAUGUGCUACUUCGGUACUCACCUCUACGAAGAGCUGUUCGGCGAGUGGCCGCCGCCCACGGGCAUCAGUCGUGAGACAUGCAGCAACAAGGACGGGUGGCCAUAGUUGAGACUACCAGGCGGCCAGGGAAGGCAGCGGAGCUCGAGCAGCAUGUGACACAGCGAUGUAGAGUGCGUAUGACUUAAAGACGACUAUCUAUCUGACUAACAGCCCGUUGCACUCCGUGUUGUCUGCGCGUGCUCAUCGAUCAUCGAUCUCAUGGCGAUAUGGCGACA